UGUGGCUGUGGCUCACAGUCGGACCCGUUUGAACGUAACACCGCAGUGACAGUCGCUGUUAGCCGAAGCUCCGCGAGGAAGAUGAGCACGAAGCAGGUGACCUGCAGGUACUUCCUACAUGGUGUUUGCAGAGAAGGAAGUCGCUGUUUGUUUUCUCAUGACCUGAACAACAGCAAACCUUCAACCAUCUGUAAGUUCUACCAGAGAGGAACAUGUGCUUAUGGAGAACGCUGCAGGUACGACCAUGUCAAACUUUCAAACAGAGGAGGUGGGGGAGGAGCUUCAGAGAUUCCAGGAGGUGAAGGAGGGGGAGCUGGGGGUGGGGCGUCAAUCAGAGGCGGAGUGAAGAAGAACCUGGUCCUCAGAGACAGGGGUAUGCCUGUGGACAGGAGCUUUGGCGCUCCACCUGACAGUGUGUGGUCAGACGCUGCCGCCGCCUCUCCUCAGACUUACGUGGACGCCAUCAGGACGGGCCUGGACGGCUCAGUCAAAGACCAAGUUAUUCCCCCAGUGGCCGGGGCUUCCCAGGACCUCCCCCAGCUGUGUCCUUAUGCUGCUGCAGGACAGUGUUUCUAUGGAGACAAUUGUACUUAUCUCCAUGGCGACCUGUGUGACGUGUGCAGGCGACAGGUGCUCCACCCCCACGACCCCGAGCAGAGGAGGAUGCACGAGAAGAUGUGUCUCCUGCUCUUUGAAGCAGACAUGGAGAAGGCCUUUGCAGCUCAGUUGAGUCAGGAUAAGGUUUGCUCCAUCUGUAUGGAGCUGGUGGUGCAGAAGAUAAACCCGUCAGAGCGGAGGUUCGGGAUCUUGUCGUCCUGCUGCCACACCUUCUGCUUGUCCUGCAUCAGGAGGUGGCGCUGCACCAGGAACUUCAGCAAUGUCAUUGUCAAGUCUUGUCCCGAGUGUCGUGUCAUCUCGGAGUUUGUCAUUCCUUCCAUCUACUGGGUCGAGGACCAGGACGAAAAGGAUCACCUCAUUGAACUCUUCAAAUCCGGAGUCAGUAAGAAGGCGUGUAAGUACUUCGACCAGGGUCGCGGUUCGUGUCCAUUCGGAGGGAAGUGUUUGUAUCUUCAUGCUUUUCCGGACGGAACCCGAGCAGAACCGGAGCGGCCGCGGAAACAGCUGAGCAGCGAGGGCGGUGUGCGGUUCAUGAACAACGUUCGUUUGUGGGACUUCAUCGAGGAGCGUGAGCAGCGCUCGGCCCCGCCCCUUCCCUCCCUGGACGAUGACAUCACAGAGCUGAGGGAGCUCUUCAUGCAGAUGUCGGGUCCGAGCCACGAAGACCUGGAGGCCCCGCCCGCUCCGGACCAGUAGAGACCACGCCCCUGUGGUGGACAUGUUUUGUGGAAUCAUGUGACCUCGUCUGAUCAUCAUGAGUGAUAUUGAUGUUUUAUUUAUAGUGUAAAUAAUCACAUGACAUCACAGUGUGACAUCGAUCAUGUGACUGAAGCUCAACAAUAAAAAAAAAAAAGCUGUAGAUUCAUAAA